ACAGCCCGCGCCGCCCGCUCCGGCAGAGCGGCGCUGCUCCCGGGCGCCCCCCGCCCGGCACCGACAGCGCGUCCUCGGCGGCGGCCCCGCACUGCCCGCGCCCGCCGCCGCGGCUGAGGGGGGAAGAUGAACCCCGCGCCCGCGCCCCCGCCGCCGGGGCAGCAGGUGAUCCAUGUCACGCAGGACCUGGACACGGAGCUGGAGGCGCUCUUCAACGCCGUCAUGAACCCCAAGCCCAGCUCCUGGAGGAAAAAGAUCCUGCCCGAGUCCUUCUUCAGGGAGCCCGACUCGGGCGCGCACUCGCGGCAGUCCAGCACGGACUCGGGCGGCCCGCCGCCGCGGCCCGCCGCCGCGCAGCACGUCCGCUCCCACUCCUCGCCGGCCUCUCUGGUGGGCGCGGGCGGGGGCGCCGCGCCGCAGCACGCGCACCUCCGCCAGCGCUCCUACGACGUGACGGACGAGCUGCCGCUGCCGCCCGGCUGGGAGAUGGCGCUCACGCACACGGGACAGCGCUACUUCCUCAAUCACAUAGAAAAAAUUACAACAUGGCAAGAUCCUCGAAAAACUAUGAACCAGCAGCUUAAUCACAUUAGCCACCAUCCUGCAGCUGCUUCCACACCAAUGCCACAGAGGUCUAUGGCAAUGUCUCAGCCAAAUCUUGUUAUGAAUCACCAGCACCAGAUAGCAGCCAGCACGGCCGUGCCACAGCAGAGCCGCCCGGCACCAGCCCCACAGCCGCAAACGCAGCCCGGGCUGUUGAACGUGCCUAGUGCACUGACCACGCAGCAGCAGCAGCAGCAGAAGUUGAGGCUUCAGAGGAUCCAGAUGGAGCGGGAGCGCAUCAGGAUGCGGCAGGAGGAGCUGCUGCGGCAGGAAGCUGCGCUAUGCAGACAACUUCCCAUGGACUCAGAAAACAUGGCCCCAGUUCAGACUGCUGUGAACACACCUGCAAUGACGCAAGACAUGAGGCCUAUUACAAAUAAUGGAUCAGAUCCUUUCCUGAACAGUGGCCCAUACCAUUCCAGGGAGCAGAGUACAGACAGUGGCUUAGGACUGGGAUGCUACAGUAUACCAACAACACCUGAAGAUUUCCUCAGCAAUGUAGAUGAGAUGGACACAGGAGAAACUGUGGCACAGACAACAAUGAACAUAAAUCCACAACAGUCACGUUUCCCUGAUUUCCUCGACUGUCUUCCAGGAACAAAUGUUGAUCUUGGGACUUUAGAGUCAGAAGACUUGAUCCCUAUCCUCAAUGAUGUGGAGUCAGUACUCAACAAAAACGAACCCUUCCUUACUUGGCUGUAAUCAUCCAUUAUUUAAUGUUGAUUCAGCCCAUAAUGCAAUUCAACAUUUCCUUUUCCUCUUGAAAUAGAGGUAGAGCAUCUGAAAAUCCUCAGAGAUACAACUUGCUGCCUUAAUGACUUUUGUUAUUGACCAUCUUUGUGGUCAAUUUAAUCUCUGCCUGGAUUUGACUGACAGUAACUUAAAUAUAAAACAUUUAUAAGUAGCUUUUUCUCACUUAAAAAAACCCAAACCUCUAUUUUAUACAUUCAUAGAUCUUUUUUCCUUUUUUCUUUCUUUUCUUUCUUUUUUUUUUUUUUUUUUUUUUGGCCUUUACAGAUCAGGCAGAAAUGUUUCACUUUCAGGACAGAAAGUGGAUUGUGUGUGCAUCUCUGUAUCUGUUCUUAGUGAAUCACAAAAGGUAACUGCUAUGUCACUUGGUUCAAAAUCUUCGAAAUCCUGCACAGCAUUAAACCAUGAGAGCAGUUUUAUUGUGUUUAUGACAAUUAUACAAAAGUUUUUGUAUCGAUUUCCUUAAGCUUUUUUUUUUUCAUUAUUAGUGAAGCUGUGCUGUAUGGAAUGUAGAUUAAAUCUGAUCUGUAUCAGCUAUAAUUCUCAUUAUACAUACAUUUGUAAAGGCACAAGCAGUACUAUUGCAAUUUCUUUUUCAGUAUAUUACUGUAUAGUUUUCAGAUAAUAAAUACUUCCAAUUUGAAAGUAGCAGAGUUGUUUAGUAACAGUUUUACACUACUAUAUUGCUGUAAAAUAAAGCAGAUUGGUACUAACUACUGCCUUAAAAAGUGAUUAGAACAAGGAAUUUUAAAAAUGGAUCUUAGAUUUUGAUGUUUAUUAUAUUAAACACUGCAUUUUUGUAAUUUAACAUAUGAACAAAUAAUUUUUAUACAAAUCUGUGGCAAGUAUCUUAAGUGCAAAAAUAUGCUUUUAAAAUCAGGACAGAAAAAUGUAGCACAAGUUGGUAAUAUCAUAUGUAGUGAGAAAAAAUGUUGCUCAAUGUUUUCAGCAGUGAUGUUUUUAACUGACAAUGUUAAACUGUACAUGUUAUUGUAUACAAGAAAAAAGGUGGUCACUUUAUCAGAGCAAUGCUAAGCAGUAUUGUUACUUGUCUGGUAAAGUUGCUUAGUUCUUAACUCUUGCUUACUACAAUUGGUGUACAGGACACAAGGCAUGUUCCUUGUAUUCCUACCUAUUGUAUAUCCUAUAAAGGAUUCUUUGUCAGAUGUUUGGGACUGAGAAGGCAUCAAGGACAUUACACAUGCAGUUCCCCUGAAAUGCAAAUGAAGUCCUGAAAUUCUUAAAUAUUUUGAACUUAUAUUAUUUAUAAUCUAUGAAUUUAAGCUUUUUAUAUUGAAAAAUGUGCCUUUUUAUGAAAGGCAUUAAAAAACUUCUCUGAGCUUGAUCCAGGCUAUAUGGAGAGAGCAAGAGAUGUAGCACUCAGUAUAAAUGUAUGUUUGUCAGGUCUAAUAAAAGUAAUGAAAUCUAACCAGUGCACCAGAAUAUUAAUCAAUAAAUAUUUUUUUCCAUCUAGUUGGAGGAAGGUAGGUGAAAAGGUCAGAGAUGAAGUGAUGGGAAUAUGGAAUAGAUUUGGAAGAUGAAUGAUUAUGUUACAACUGUAGAUCCUUAGUGGGAAGGGUGGCUGCGGAUAUACACAGAAAAUGAAUCACCAGUGAUCAGUAAAAAAUAAGAUAGAACUUAAUACAAAAAAACUACCUUGUAAAAGAUGAACUGUUGGGUCCACCAGAGAAUGAAAGUUAAAAUAUACACACUAAACACUUAAAGAGACAGAAGGCAAAGACCUAGAACAAUGAUGAUGUAUUAGGCAGAGAAGAGUAGCUCUUUUGUAUUUCUUUUUUUUUAAUAUGAAGUAGGAAGUAACAGCAGAGUUGUGUCUGCACGGAAUUUAAUUACUCAAUGGGCAUUGUUUUUCUUUUAUUCCUUUUUUGGGUGGGUGGGUAUUUUUAUUACUUUAUUUUUGCUAGAGCUAACCAUGGCGAUAGCGGAACAUUCUAUUAAAAAAAAAAAAAGGCCUGACCAAUAUUACUGUAAUUAUGAUUAAUCUCUUUUAAAUAUUGCUUCAGAUUGUCAUCUUAAAUGAAGAACAGAUGGUCCUAAGGCUUUGUUCUUUAGUUACACUUUGUUUGAGUUAAAGAACUGGAGAUCUGGGGCAUCUGAUCGUGAUGCUAAAACCUGUAAGGCCAGCUCUUCAGCACUGCGUUAUUGGGCUAGCAAAGUUAAAGCUAUUGGUGCUAGAGAUUUACAGCAGCUACAGAUCUGAGCCCUAGUAUGUUCACUUGAUAUUGCAUAUCAUUAGAUGAAGUUUAGAAAAUACAGUUUAUGCAUUUGCUAAUAAAUCAGUACUUUUGUAAAUUUAAGUUGUCAUAAUAAAACAUAUU